CGUUCCUCCGGGCGCCGCCAUUUGAUGCAGCGGCUGCAUCACCCGGAGCUGCAUCACCCGCAGCUCCGCUUGCUCGGGGUCCCGGCUGUCGGUCCCCGUUGGGCUGCAGUUAUUCCGUGUGUGCUCCACACCAGGUGCUCGCAGGUUUAGCAGCGGUUCGGUUCAGGUGUUGGGUACACGAGGUGCUGUUUGUUCCCUUAUUUCUUUCACUGUCGUCCAGAAAUAAAACGCCGAGCCCCCACCAGCCCUGCCGCCCCUCCUUCGCGACGCUCCGCUCUAUGAACCCAGCCUCUCUCCCUCCCCCCGGGGCUGAACGAGCUGCGCCUGCCCGAGCAGGAGGGGGGAGGCGGCCGAUGUUCCUGGAAGAGCCCGGCCUGGGGAGUUGGUCACAUUCUUGGCCGGGAUUCAAUGACUGAGGCAGACACCAACAAACAGAGUCGGGGGGGAGGAGGAGGAGGAGUGAGGGAGGCUGAGCCAGCCCGCAUUAGCUCAGCUCUCAGGCACUCUCAGUCUCUGCUGGAAAGAGGAGCUGGGAGGAUGUUAGCGCGGCUCCCCACGGCACGUUGAGAGCGAGAGGAAGAAAAGAAAGGAAGAAAGAAAAGGGGAGCGAGGCGUCGGGGAGCCGGAUCGAGCGAACGGAGCGCUCGGGGCAGGCAGCCCGCAGCGCCGCUUCGGAAGUGUCGGAGAUCGGGGCCUUUAAUUCUAUUCCGCCUCGCUCCCUUCCCCGCACCGAGCCGCCUUCCUCCUCCUGCUUUUUACUUUCCUUCCUCCUGGUGGAUAUGGACACAAGCGGGAUCGCUGCAGAGAAGCAGCAGCCAACAGCUCUUAUUUAACCCGAGGUGCCCGGAGCGCGGCUCGGAGCGGCGUUCCGGGGCUGGCAGUGCUCGGAUGAAGACCUGGCUUCGGUUUGACUCUGCGCUCCGGCCGGGCCGGGCACGGUGAGAGAUUGUGACGGAGCGAGAGAACAGAAAGGAGAAAGAAACGCCAACGAAAAGGAUUUAUUUCCUCGCCGACUGUGGAUUGUUAAACCGGAGUGGGAAGGGGGAAAAAAAACCAACAAGGGUGGGUUGUUGUUUUGUUUAAAGAAAAGAAAAAAAUCCCUUAAGUGGAUUUGUACCAGCGUGGAAGAUAAUUGGGGAUUUUUUUGUUGUUUGUUUUUGGGAAUAGAAACUAAAAAAUGGAGACUGUAAGUAGAAGCAGCUUCCAGCCUCAUCCAGGACUGCAGAAGACCUUGGAACAGUUUCAUCUGAGCUCUAUGAGCUCCCUGGGUGGCCCUGCUGCUUUCUCAGCGCGAUGGGCACAGGAGAUGUACAAGAAAGACAAUGGCAAAGACCCCGCGGAACCUGUACUGCAUCUGCCCCCCAUCCAGCCCCCCCCGGUGAUGCCUGGUCCCUUCUUCAUGCCCUCGGACAGAUCCACUGAGAGGUGCGAGACCAUCCUGGAAGGGGAAACCAUCUCCUGCUUCGUGGUGGGUGGGGAAAAGCGCCUUUGCUUGCCCCAGAUCCUGAACUCGGUGCUCAGGGACUUCUCCCUGCAGCAGAUCAACUCGGUGUGCGACGAGCUCCACAUUUACUGCUCCAGGUGCACCGCUGACCAGCUGGAGAUCCUCAAAGUCAUGGGCAUCUUGCCCUUCUCUGCCCCCUCGUGCGGGCUGAUCACUAAAACUGACGCUGAGAGGCUUUGCAACGCCUUGCUUUAUGGUGGCACCUAUCCUCCCCACUGCAAGAAGGAAUUCUCUAGCACGAUUGAGCUGGAGCUUACAGAGAAGAGCUUCAAGGUGUACCAUGAGUGCUUUGGGAAGUGUAAGGGACUCCUGGUACCAGAGCUUUACAGUAACCCCAGCGCAGCCUGCAUCCAGUGCUUGGACUGCAGGCUCAUGUACCCGCCUCACAAAUUUGUGGUCCACUCUCACAAAUCCCUGGAAAACAGGACUUGCCAUUGGGGCUUUGACUCUGCAAACUGGAGGUCCUACAUCCUCCUCAGCCAGGAUUACACUGGGAAAGAGGAGAAAGCUCGGCUGGGCCAGCUCUUAGAUGAAAUGAAAGAAAAAUUUGACUAUAACAACAAAUACAAGAGGAAAGCCCCCAGGAACCGUGAGUCUCCUAGAGUUCAGCUCCGGCGGAACAAAAUGUUCAAGACAAUGCUGUGGGAUCCAGCUGGAGGUUCAGCGGUACUGCAGCGUCAGCCAGAUGGAAAUGAGGUCCCUUCAGAUCCUCCUGCUUCCAAGAAAACCAAAUUAGACGACUCUGCUUCCCAAUCUCCAGCUUCUACCGAGAAGGAAAAGCAGUCCAGUUGGUUACGGUCCUUAUCCAGUUCGUCUAAUAAGAGUAUUGGCUGUGUCCAUCCCCGUCAGCGUCUCUCAGCUUUCCGGCCCUGGUCCCCUGCUGUAUCAGCAAACGAGAAAGAGCUCUCAACCCAUCUUCCUGCAUUGAUCCGAGACAGCAGUUUUUACUCCUACAAAAGCUUUGAGAAUGCAGUGGCUCCCAAUGUGGCACUCGCACCUCCUGCCCAACAGAAAGUUGUGAGCAACCCACCCUGUGCCACAGUGGUGUCCCGGAGCAGCGAACCACCAAGCAGCACUGCACAGCCACGGAAAAGAAAACAUGCUGCAGAGACCCCGGCUGUCCCAGAGCCAGUGGCCACUGUUACUGCCCCUGAAGAGGAUAAGGAAUCAGAAGCAGAAAUUGAAGUAGAGACCAGGGAGGAAUUCACCUCCUCCUUAUCCUCGCUCUCCUCCCCAUCCUUUACUUCAUCCAGCUCUGCAAAGGACAUGAGCUCACCUGGGAUGCAAGCCCCAGUCCCAGUCAACAGUUCAUAUGAGGUUGCAGCACAUUCUGACUCUCACAGCAGUGGGUUGGAAGCUGAGCUGGAGCACCUAAGGCAGGCCCUGGACAGUGGCCUAGAUACAAAAGAAGCCAAAGAAAAAUUCCUCCAUGAAGUUGUUAAAAUGAGAGUGAAGCAGGAAGAGAAGCUAAAUGCUGCCUUGCAAGCCAAACGCAGCCUACAUCAGGAGCUGGAGUUCCUCAGAGUGGCAAAGAAGGAGAAACUGAGAGAAGCAACGGAGGCAAAGCGCAACUUAAGGAAAGAGAUUGAGCGUCUGAGAGCUGAGAAUGAGAAGAAAAUGAAGGAAGCCAACGAGUCUCGGAUACGGCUAAAGAGGGAACUGGAACAAGCCAGGCAGAUCCGGGUUUGCGACAAGGGCUGUGAAGCUGGCAGGCUUCGGGCCAAGUACUCUGCCCAGAUCGAGGACCUGCAGGUUAAGCUUCAGCACGCAGAGGCUGACAGGGAGCAGCUCCGAGCUGACCUGAUGCAUGAGAGGGAGGCUCGGGAACACUUGGAAAAAGUAGUCAAGGAACUUCAGGAACAGCUGUGGCCUAAGUCAAGCAGUCAAUCCAGCAGUGAAAACACAACGAGCAACAUUGAGAAUUAAAACACCAUGUCGUCUAAUACAGACAGAAUGACAUAUAUGCACAGUAAGGGAGGAUGGGUGGGGUACGUGUGUAAGUGCAUGUGUGAGUAGUUGCGUCUUAACACACAGAUCUAUGAAUAUGGAUUCUUAUUAGUUGGAAGGCAAAUGUUACUCUUUAUAACAGAAGCACUGAAUUACGCCUCUUUUUUUGUUUUUUUCCAAUCCAUAUAGCACAACAUCUUACUGUGCCUAUAAAACACAAAGUGUUUAUAAACAAAAUACUUUUAAGUCCACAGCAAAUUUUCUACUGGCAAACUCCAAGCAAGCAGCAUCGUCCAACUAGAAUCAGAGUCAAAGGCAAACAUGGCAGCGUGUUCAUGUUGCCCUUCUGCCUGUCGGAACCUUUUGGAAUUUAAAAACAGACUUUUCUUAUAAGCUAUUUAAAGUAAUUCAUUACACAGACUUGGUAUUAAAAAAAAUUAACAAGAUUUUUUUAUAAUGAACCUUUAAAAGCAAAACAAAAACCUUCGAUGCACAAUUUUUAUGACUUAUUAAAGGCUUUGGGAUUCUUAAUGCAGAAGCCCUUUGGUGAUGAUGCCAUUUCAUUAGCAGUUUUCCAGCCGUCUAGGAAGCCAUCACAGUUUUAAUCCUGUCCUGUGGUUGUAUGAGAACUUCAGAGUGCUUUUCAAAGUUGAGGGUUUUUUUUCUCCUUAAAAACAAUCACCUUCAUUUCCUGUCCUGAACACAAGAAGAAAGGAAGAUGCAGGAUUGUAAGGGCGUGGGGGAGGGCAGGAAGAGAAGAUGGACGCUUCAGAAUGAUAAACCCAGCCUUACAGACUUCAGUGUUUCAGAUCACGCCAUGUUCUCUAAAGACAUCUUCAUUAAUCGAUGUGUUCAAAAGACUCGCUUCAUCCAAGAGCACUUCAGCUUCAGGAAAAGAAAGAAGGAAGUAAAGGAAGGAAAUGGAUGACCUGUGAAGUUGGUUGAGAAAUAAAGCAGAAGAUGUGAAGUCAUUCUGAAAUCUUCGCGUCAGCUUUCAGUUCUCUGGAAAGCUCGUCUUUGUUGCACCAUCUUUACCACAGCAUUCAGUAUUUACCUACUUUGAAUUCCGAACUGUUUGUCAGGAUUUCUGUGCCCAAGGAGAGCGUAACAUCGCAUUAUUGGAUACUACAGAACACAAAAAUCAACGUUUUUUGCUGCUGUGAAUAAGCCGACAUCUUUUUUAAAAGAAAAAACUUGUGUUUUUAAAAGUAGAAAUUACUUUAAUUUUGGGAUCCAAGCCGCAGCCCUGGAAUAAACAUGCAGCACACCAUCACUCUGUCUUACUAUUACUGUUAUUAUCAUCGUCGAUUUUAAACUGCACUUUGUCAGAACCUUCCUCUGCAUUUUAUUCCAUAUUUUGGAAGUUUACAAGUUCAGCAUUUUUGAUUCUAUCACCGCCAUUUUCCACCCCGCGCCAUCACUUCCAUGUGAAAUGAGAACUCGGUACAGAACGCUACCAAACACAAAGCCAGCAGAGCAGCGUGUGCUGCUGGGUGGGUUUCACUGCUGCACUGCACGGCUGUGUCUGUCGAGGCUGGGAAGUGCUCAGAUAGAGCUGGUGCUUUAUUGAACGAGUGAGAAGUUCCUUUCACCCACACACACUCACCUCUGAUACACUCGAGCUCAGUGAGAAGUUGAUCUGGGGCUGCAGUUGUGCCUUCCAGCUCAUUUUUCCUCUCAGCAUCUUCUAUAGGCAACGCUGACACUUUUUUUUUAACCUUAAAGAAUAAAAAGACAAAAAAAAGAAUAAAUCCUAUGCAUCAUCAUACCCAGGAGUUACUAUAAACCAAGAAAUGUAUUUCCAGUAACCUUUAUUUGCUUUUGGACAUUAAUGCAAACUAUGUAAGCUUAAAAAUUAUUUCCCUGUAGACAGAAAGCGGCUUCCAAUCCUAAAAUUACAGUAUUUACUUACAGUACGUUAGAGGGGCUUUUUAGGUUGUUUUUUUUAUUUUAUUUUUUAUUUUUAUUUUUAUUUUUUUAAACAAAAGCUGUUUGCUUGAAACCAUUAUAAUAACCAUUAUAAGUAACUGUGAGCAUUAACAGAGAAGUUCAUAUAUACGUUUUUAGGUACAAAAAAGACGAAAUAUGAAAGAAUUACUGGGACAAUGUAGAACUGUUGGGAGCAAGAAACAGUGACAGCAAAUAAAUGACACGAACCUGUCUGGUUGUGCAGGGCUUGGCCCUGUGUGUGGGAUGCUGGAGCCCGAGGCUGGAUGCAGAACUCCUCCUCUAAAGUGCAAUGCAAAAGGAUUUUUGAUCAUGCUUAGGCAAUGUUUGUUGUUGGGUUUAUCUUUUUUAAUGUGGGUUUUGUUGUGUUGGUUUUUUUUUCUUUUUUUCUUUUUUUUUUUGCUUCUUUAUAUGUUUUUUUUUUUUUUUUUUUUUUUUUUUUUUCUGUGAUUAUUAAAUCAUAUGCAUGGAAUUAAAAUCUCUGCCAUAUGUAUAUUCAUUAAUGGGCAUUAUUACUGUCUUAUGUAAAGGGUUUAUUUUGUUAUGCAGUAUGCAUAAAAAUGUUCUCAGCCUUAUGAUUUCCAGAUCUGUUAUUAUUCACUGAUUUCUUCAAGGGAAACUGAACGCUUUUAGCUUUAGUUGAUCGUUGUGCAUUUCAGAAGUCUCCCAUUUGCUGCCACAUUAAGAAAUUACACAUAGAACACAUCUGUUCUCACCCCAAUAUCAGAUCCCUCAAAUCUGCCUUUUCAGAUAUUGUUGUUUUCCUCCCCCUGUGACUCACCCCCACACGGGCAGCUCAGCCCUCUCACUUUGCUUUCCCUUCCAGGAGCAGCGCCCACUGACCUGUAGCACAUGGCACUGUUUAUUUUGUGUGUCUCAGGAAGGAUAGUGAUUCACUGCCACGACUUCUGUGCAUAUGAUGCUUUUGCCCUCCAACAUUGAUGAAUUCUGCCUUUUUUUAUCCCCCCCCAAAGAAAAAGAAAUUAACAAGAGCCAUUUUUCUUUGCUGUCAAACCACCAUCAUCAUCCUCGUUUCUCACGUGGAUCAGGUGAGAUUCACAGGAAAACUUCCUAAAAUGAAUGACAUUAUGAAUUACAUACCGUUGUUAGAAAGGCAUCGUUUCUUCUUUUGCCAUGUAUUAUAAUAAAGUGUAAUACAUGACUAAAUCACAGCAUUUGAAGUUAAGGCUUAUUAGCGUUUGAUCCAAAGGAAUAGAAACAUCCUCAUUAAAAAUGUCCGCAAAAUCAGGUUUACAAAUCAACUUUAAAAGGUGCACAAAGGCUGACGGCAACCCCGCUCCACCAGCAGCCAAUUGACAGGGAGCUCUUAUAGGACAAGAAUCCUAAAUCAUUGCGUGUCUUUCCUAAGUCCGUUUUUACAACGAAAUCUUGAUACAAUCUGCAGAAAUAACUAUUUUUGAGUUCAGAAUUCCCGCAUCCAUAACUUGUUUUUAUGAUAACUGUCAGCAUUGAGCCAUAGAAAUACCUUCUAGACAUCUCUAGAGGCGAUGGAGGUGUUGAGGUGAGGGGGUUCUGUGUGUAAUUCCUGUGUCUGCUGCCCUGUCUGCACUCCAACCUGUGAGUGCAGGAAUCCUAAAGGCAUCUUCUCACUUCAUCCGCUCUUUAGUUUCCUUUCCGAAGUUAAAAGGGAGAAGAGGUGUUUCACGCAGGCUGUUGACUCUCCCUGUAAUUAAAAAUAUAUUACUUGUAUAUUCAGUUUAAUUACUCCUUGUUUCUAUUACUAAGACUUAACGAAGGGAAAAAAAUAUAUUAAAAAAAAAACAAAAAACGACAAAAAAAAAAAACCAACAGCAAUAACAUUCAUAUCUUUGGAGCAGCUAAUAGUAUAACGUCAUAUUCUGCUUUUCAAACAGAACUAGCCAAUGUAAAGAAAAAACCUUCACAGUAAAUUCAACAUGUAAAUACUUGUUUUCAUUUUACACGGUUGUAUUAUAAGUGUAUAUGGUGUUUACUUUUUCAGAACUCUUUCUUACCUGGUAGCUGUCUUGUUUUAUGAGUUGUGUUUUUAACUAAGAAGAACCUUUGCUGUCUGUUAGGAACAACAAAACAACACCAACCACCACAACCCCCUUUUUGCAGCUCUCGCUGUGUUUUAACCUCUCUCCACCGUUUGCAUUUUAUUUGUCCGUAUUUUCACUGUAAAGUAUUUUAUUACCCAAAGGUCGAUUUUUCUUUCCGUUCUGCCCUCACAAUCAGUUUUUAAGAGGUUUUUUUUUUGUUGUUGUUGUUGCUUUGGGGUUUUUUUUGUUUGUUAUUGUUGGGUUUUUUUCUUUUUCUUUUUUUUUUAAUGAAAGAAAUCACAGAAAUGACAUUUUUUCAAUGGAAGAAAAACAAAUCGAUACAUUUAUAAUAGCCAAUAGCAUUUCAGCACAUUUUUGUUAUCCUGGUCUCUCCUAUGCUGCUGCUAAUGACAAUAUUAUGACUUACUCUACUAUUCUAGAACUAUUUUUAUGUAAGUAAUGUAUGCUUUCUUGUUUAUAAAUGCCUGAUUUAAAAAAGAAAAAAAAAAUAAGAAAAAAGCUUGGCAUAUUUAUCUAUUUCGCUGUGUACCUUGAUAGUCCUUUUCCACCCCCUUUUCCACAUCCCCUCCCCUCGAAGCAGAUAAUAUUGUAAAAUAAAGGACUUUAUGAGAUUAUGUAUGAAAAUAGCUAUGCUUAUAUACCACAGUGACUGAAUGUACAGUGUAUAGACGCAUUACCUAAAAUAAAAUUGUUUGUCCAGAAAAAAAUAAA